AUGCUUUUCGUGGAAAAGAUUUUUCUACGCGGGGGUCCGCUCACGUGGGUGUCAGACUCCCCACAAAGAGCGAAGCCCCUGUACUGCAAGCACCCCAACAAUUCCACCAAGCUACCGUGCCCGUAUUGCAAGGCCGAACAAGACGAACGUCUUCCAACUUGCGGCGACCUCGGGAACGCAAGGUACGACGUUGAAGCAAAUAGGCGGACGUGGGGGGAAGCCCAAGAUGGCUGGCGCGAGUUGCAGGGAUUGGACUUGGCCCCGAACGAGCAGACGAAGCGCUCGGCGGAACUAGAAAUAGUGGCGCCUACGGGGGUUAGCGGCGGUGUCCUCGGACGCCCGCUGUGGGACAAGGCGUUUGUUAACCCUGCACGGCACGUCCCCGUCGAGAGUCUUCAUGCCUAUGCGCUGGGGGCGCAGGCGUUGGUGCAGUUUUUUUUUCUGGCCCUCAUGAACGAAGCUGGCCGGGGAGUGAUCUCCUCCAUCGUACGGCAAGGCAGCACGCUAUACCCACCAGCUACAGCGCCAUUGAAGGACAUAUGCACCAACUAUUCUCCCUGAAGGGUAGUGACAACUGGCUAUUGGGCUCGAUCCUGCUUCUUGUGUCCCGCUGUGUCCUCCAUGACGCGACAGCACUGGUAAUAUUGUUGUCUAUUGCCUACACGUGAGGGCGCGGGUUGUUAUGCGGGUUCAUGCGAUAUGCCAUCGUUCUCGUAAAAAUACUACUUACCAGUAAACGAUUAAAAUGUUAUGCCCGCGGCCCCCUGCAAGUAUACGAUAAUAUCGACGGGUGCGUUAUAAUGAGCUACCGUAGGGUUGCGAAGAUUAUGUGGACAACGACCGAGAUCCAAGCACUUUUUUUUUUUUUGCAGCUUUUCGCGUCCAUCUUGCGCAGAAAGAGUACGUGAAGUCGCGAGAGCUACAAGCCUUGAAAGACGCAUGGGGAGGAGAGCAGGCCGUGUUGGCGCAACUACGGAAGCUGUUGCAAGUGGCGUCUGCUCUGACGUUCGCAGUUCGUUCGCCGUUCUUCGAUAAGGCUUAACGCAAGAAGCUCAUGGAGCAUGCCCGGGACACGGUGGGGGUGUAUGCGGAAUUGCUUGGGAGGGGAGGCGUGAGGACAACCGUGCACUCUGCUCUGCACUACGUGCAGGCCAUUGAAGACCAUGGCCACAUGCCUGAUGCCAGCACGGGCGAAGCUGCGAACCAAAGGAACAAGAAGGCCAACCAUUCUAACAGCGGCCGCAACGCCGCGGCGCACUACGCGCCGGUUCAACAUGGACCUCGCCAUCGAUGCCUGAAGAAAUUCCGUGGGAGGUCACCAGAUUCGACCGCAGGUUGAAGAAAUAUGUAGUGGAGACCGUCAAGGCUGGCUCCGGCUGCUCUGCGGUGCUGCGGUCGUAGGGUGAUGUUCUGCCGGGGGGGUUGUCUUCCGCCCCGACGGACGCUCGCGCC